CAGCGCCCCAGAAUACAUAGACAGUGGCACCAUGUCACCCAGCUAUGAUGUGUAUAGCUUGGGCAUCAUAAUAAUCCAACUGGUGACAGGACACAGGAGUGUUACCAAUAGUAAUAACGUACUUAGAAAAUGGAGGCACAGAUUGCGUAAAUCAGGCAAAGAAACACCAUUUAGAUACCAACAAAUUGCAAAACUCCUCGAGAUUGGGCUACUCUGCCAGGAAAAGGACCCCUACAGGAGGCCUUUUAUAUCAGACAUAAUACAUGUUAUCAAUGAAUUGGAAAGCACAGAUUGGCAAAUCAGCAAUGAGAACAAAUCUACUGCAGAGCAGAUGAGUGCCUACUCGGAGGAUGACAUGCUUGGGAUCGAGCCGCUCGAGCUACGCUUUCCGUUUGAGCUCAACACUAAGAUACCACGCUCACUUGAGCUAACCAAUGAGACAAAUUCUUCUAUUGCCUUCAGCAUCAAAACGACAAUCCCUCUACCAUACUGUAUAGAACCAAAGAAAGACAUUGUUGCUCCGCAAUCAAAGUAUAGUGUCAACAUAACAUUACACCCAAUAGACAAGGCACCGCAAGAUACGCUUAUUGGCGAUUUCAUCGUGCGGAGCACCAAAGUGAAUGACAAUCUUAAAAGUGAGGACAUAAAUGAAGAUAUAUUCAACAGAGACGGGCCUAAAUUAGUUGAUGAGGUGAAUCUGACAGUUACAUAUAUGGCCGACGUACCCCAAGUGGAUGUGUCAAUUGGGCCGUUAAUUAGUUUAGACACGAGAAAUCUGCAUGGCCCAAAUGAAUCCAAUGUACCGCUAACAGAGGCAGAAUCCAAGCCAAGCCCAUGUACCUCAAACGAGCUGAUCCAGUUUGACCUGCCCGAGCUACCGCAUCAAAUGUUUUACACUCCCGACCCCACCAUGGACCCGCCGCCCAGAGCACUGGCACCAAGCGAGGUGAAGUACUGCAAGAAGGCGCUCAAGGCAUUCGACAAAAAGCUCAAGCAGCCACUCGCCAUCCACCGGGAGUAUAUAGACCUUACGGACGUAAGAAAAACGCUCCAGUCGACUCAGAAUUUUGAAGUGGCUCUAAAUCCUGAUAAUAGGAAAAGGAACCGCUAUACUGAUGCCAUUCCAUUUGAUGAAACCAGGAUAAGACUACAGUCCUCAACAGGCAUUCAGAAAAGCAAUGACUACAUCAAUGCAAGCCUUAUAAAGCAUUAUGACAUAGAUCAAACUAAGUUCAUUUCUACUCAAGGACCACUAGUCAAUACAUUAGAAGAUUUGCAGAUGGUCGUUGAGAACAGCUCUCCGGUAAUUGUUAUGCUCUGCAAAUUUGACUAUAUUAAGUGUGAUGAGUAUCUUCCAUUGAGCAAGUGCCAAGGAAAAUACGGAAAAUUUAUUGUUAACAUCACGAAGGUCAGACAAGAUGGUGAAUUAAUUUUGCGCAGUGUGAAGGUGCAACAUAAUGAGUCACUUAAAGUGCAUCAUGUUCUCCACAUCCAACACUCUACAUGGCCCGACCAUGGCGUGCCAAAUGAUACCAGUGCUGUACGGAACAUUCUAAAAAGAUUAUAUAAGAUUCCGAAAGGGUACCGAAUAGUUGCACAUGGCAGUGCAGGCAUUGGGAGAACUGGUGCUUACAUCACCAUCCAUAAUACGGUAGAGAGGGUAUUACUUGGUGAACAAUCUUCUAUAGAUAUUGCAGCAACUGUCAAUAAGUUUAGAUCCCAGCGUCCCGGGAUGGUCCAAACAGAGGUAUAUAUGUUUUUUUUAAUUAUUUCUGUUUCCGAGUCAGUCGCAAUAUUCUCUCAAACAAGUGAAGAUAUCGCAUGCAUCCAGAGCAAGAAAAUGUUGCACCUUCCGCUCAAGUUUAGAGAAUCAGAUGUAAUAGUAGCAGUUAACAGCGAAGGGAGUGCUUAG